GCAGGCAGCGGGGCCGCCUUCGCAGUGCAGAAGCUGGCGCGGCAGAAGCUGCCGUACAGCCCGCAGUGGAGCCUGCUGCUGGCUGCCGCUGCAGGGUCCCUCGGAAGCUACGUGGUAACCAGAGCUGAGACGCAGAAAUGUUCCAACUUUUGGAUUUACCUGGAGACAGGCAAGUCCCCACAGGAGCUCGCCGUGACUGGUCAGCCCGCAGAAAACCUCCCCCGUGCAGAGGACAGGGAUAGCAUCGCAGCACUGGUGAAGAGGAACAGGUACGGUGACGUGGUGGAGUAGCCAGCAGAGCACAGCAUUCCGUGCCCAUGUCCUGCUUCACUCCCUCCUGCCUGUCCAACCUGAUGCUGCCCAUGCUGCCUGUGAGGGCGGUAGGCGUGGUGACACUGCUGGAAAGCUCAGAGGACUUGAUCCUGCAGUGAGAGCAUGGUGGAGAUACCUCAGGAAUUGCUGCUGCCUGUCCCAUGGCCUCUGCACAUUGCACUGCGGAUACAAUAAAAGUUGAGAGCUGAAGGCA